CUCAUUUUGAAAACAAUAUUUUAACUUUAACAGGUAUUAGAUGUGCAGCUCACACAUUACAAUUAGCAGUUAACGAUGCCUUAAGAGGAAUGAAAACUAUAUCGCAGUUAAUUUCGAAAGCUAGAAAUUUAGCAAAAAAACUCAGAACUCAAACAUUUAUAUAUUUAAUAAAAAAACAAAACUUAAAGAAGCCUACAAUUGAUUGUCUAACUCGAUGGUGUUCGACAAUAGAUAUGCUUGAAAAUUUGUUACUACUAAAAGAUUAUUGUGAAGAGCUAUCUGUAACAAAAUUUCAAAAUUUCGUAACAUUACAAGAUGCUGAAUGGUCAAAAAUUGAAGAAAUCUGUACAGCAUUGCGACCGUCAAAAAUUUGUACCAAAAAGCUACAGACAGAACAAUUGACUCUCAGUGAAUUUUUUGGACUUUGGUUUGAAACAAAAGUAGCAACAGAGGCAAUACAAACUCCUUUUGCUACAGUCAUUGUAGAACAAAUGAUAUAUCGCGAACAAAAGUUAAUAAAUAAUGACAUAUUAUUAUCCGCAGUUUAUAUGGAUCCUCGAUACAAAGUAUUAUUAGACAAUACGCAAAUACAAAGAGUUAAAACACAUUUGAAACAUCUUUGGAUUAAAAUAAUAUCAUUAAAUCGUAAAGACAUUUCAAUGAAUGAAUCAAACGAAAAUUUAAAUGGAAGUUCUUCAAAUUCAAGCGGAACAAGUUCCACAUUUGAUGAAUUCGAAAAUCUUUUGAAGCUAAAAGAACGGCAACAUAAUGUAACAAAUUCAUAUUCAUCGUCAUCUACAGAAUCGGAUUUAUAUCUUCUAUAUCGAGUAGAAAGUGAACUUGAAAGAUAUAAUACUGAACAAAAAAGACUUAAUAGAAAAAUUAAUGUGUUACAAUUUUGGGAAGAAAAGAAACAAAAUCAACCUGAAUUAUAUAAAUUAGCAAUGACUGUUCUAGCCGUACCUGCCACUCAAGUUAGUGUAGAACGACUAUUCUCAGGACUGAAAUUUAUUUUAUCUCCAUUACGAACAAACAUCAAUGAAAAUAUCUUAGAAAACCAGUUACUUGUUAGAGCUAAUAGAAUAUUUUACUGUAAAGAAGAAACGAAAUCACAUACGAAAGAGUGAUUAUUACGAAGAGAGAUUGUCCAUGCUCAGAGCGGUUUCUUUUACAUCGCAAUUGCUGAUAUCAUAAAGAUCCACAAUCAAAAUGGGUUGUGCAAUGGGAGUGAUCAAGUACCUGCUCUUUAUAUUUAAAUUCAAAGGCUUUUGACACGCAACAACAAUCUUCGUUUUAUUACUGCAUUCCGAAUUCAUCAAUGUAUUCAUUUAUAAAAUAAGAUAGAACCAUAGAACAUUUAUGAUUUACAACCGGAUAAAUUAAUUUUUUUUUCUUUUGUUAAACGAAAUUUUUUCUUUUUUAAACCAGAAUGUCUCCUUAUGUUUUUUGAUUCUUUGUGUCACCAAUUUCUUUGCAUUCGUGAUUAAAGUAAAAAGAUGUUUUUUCAAUGAAAUGACGUACUUCUGUUUAUCAAUUACAAAAAUUUAAUACUAUGUGAAUUCUAUAUGUUUAUUGUUUACUGUCUUUAUACAACAAUUCACUUUGUUUGUACAACAUACAGUAUAUAUAUUGUCUACAAAUAUACAUAUAUUUUAUCUUAUAAAAAAAAUGUAAUUUAUGUAAGAGUUCCCGUCGAUGUGCCCAUGCACGGUAAAUAAACUGACAUGCGUAUAACCGCAAAAAACCGUUAAAAAACCGUAAUUAUUUACGGUUUCGGUUUUGUUCACUAGUCGAGAACGGAGAAACCGAAACUGAAACCGGAACACUUAUUUUAUUGUACCGGAACCAGAACCGAACUGAAAAAACCUU